AUUAAAUAUUGACACAUAAAUGGUGUUGUUAGCCAUACUUAUCUUUGAUACAGCUGCACAGCACUGACGUGUGACCGCCUGAUUGUAAUACUUAGACGUAUUUACAUAUUCUCAUAUGCAAUACAUCGUGUAUAAUAGAUAUGUCCUAAAAAAUAACAGAAGGCUGUGAUAUUUACCACUAUUUUAAUACCACUAUCGUGUUGGUGUAUAUACAGUUGAAGUUGUAGUGUUAUGGGCUAAUUCAGACGGGUUGUAUUUGCGCACCAGAGACGCUACAAAUUGAACUCUUGGUACAACAAGAGAAGAUGGAACGUACACCCGAUUCGGUUGGCCUCUGUGCCCAGGCUAUGUUCGCAUUGCAAUCAGAUGAAACAACUCCUUCCGAGAUCGAACAUAGUAUAUUAACGCUGAGCACCGCGCAUGCAGAGGGGAUCAGUGGGACGUUGGUCGAACUACUGAGGAGUCACUCUGAUCAUGGCGUACGACAGACUGCAGCAGAAGCACUAGGCGUGCUGUGUACAGCAGGACUGGUGUUGGGCGAAUAUGUUCUCGAUUCUAAUGAGGGGCCUCAAAAUUGCACCCGAAUGGCCCAGAUAUUACUCGCAGGGCUGAUGGAUGGGGAUGGGGAUGUGCGUGCCACAUGUGUAAAGACAUGUGCACUUCUUGCGGAGAAAGGCAGCGUGCUCUGGAAGACAGACAACUGUGAAGCACUGCUGAAUGCCACCAUUGAGCUGUUCAAUGACAGGCUGUCGCGUGUGCGGUUGGCAAGUGUCAAGGCGUGCAAACGAAUAUUCUCCGCACGCAAACGGGGUGGUGGGAAGAAGAAGGGUAAGAAGAAGGCUCUCUCGGCUGUGGAAGGCUCCGCUGCUGUGCGUGUUGUUAAGCUACUGUGCGAUGAAGAUGCUGACGUGCGUAUGGCUGCAAUUGAGGCCUUGACUAAACUGGGUUCCGCAACACAGGCGAUUGCUGUGAAGCAGAUAGCUGAGUUGUUUAUCAUGUUGCCAUGGCACCCAGCCGUGAAAAAGGCUUUUAUGGCGUUAGAAAACGUCUCAAUCCCCGUAUUGGAAGCUCUGGAGAUGCAUGACAAUGAAGUGGUGCGCACACACGCUGGACAGCUCCUUCAGUCAAUUCUUACCGAAUCCGAUAGUGACUGCGAGAGCGAUGAUAACGACAGCGUCAACGAUGUUAACCUUGUACAGAUGGAUGUUCACGCUCGUGGUGUGGAAGGGCUCCACGAUGCAUGCACGCACAUUAACAAGACGCAUGAAGCAUGGACAUGCACGUGCUUGUGCGCACUCUGCAUUACUGCGAGGAUUACCUGCGCCAAGCGGCGGAUACGCCCGGCCGCUACUGCCACAGAUUGGGGCUGUGUGGGCACGAGUGAGGCGCUACAGCAGGCGCUGUGUGCAGAGGAUGUGCGCGACACACUACGCAGAAUGGACUGUGCGGUGGUCAGUCAGGACGAGUGGAACGAGUACUACGCACACACCCCUCAGGUGAUUGUGGGGUGCACACGGUAG